UGCUAUCGAUUUCGGGCAAUUAUUUUCUUUAGUUUAUUUUUUUUUCGUUUCUCCAAUUGCGUUUGUGGGCCGUAACCCAAGAAAUGUGUUGACCCCCGGAGGAAGCUAAAAGGGAUUGAGUCGGACUCGGAAUCGAAACCGGAUUCAGAUUGGGACUCGGAUUUUAUGGUAACCCAGAGUCGCGUCCGCUGUGCUGUAAUGCGUGUGUGUGCGUGAGAGUCGUCCGUGCUCCCUGCUUGUUUGUUGUGCUUGUGUGUGUGAGUGUGCGCGAGAUCUGGAAGAUUGCCGUCGUUGUUGCUGUUGCUGUUGCUGUGCUUGUUACUCUUUCCCGUCUGGAAAAGGGCGGUAAAAGAGAAGCCAACAGAAGAAUCCGGAGCACGGGAAAACGGAAAACUAGGCGAUAGGUGAUCCAUCAAUUCCGGGCGCUGGGAAAAUGUUCUCGAAAAAGAAGAAGAAACCGCUGAUCUCGAUGCCAAGCAACUUCGAGCAUCGCGUGCACACGGGCUUUGACAAGCGGGAGAACAAGUACGUGGGCCUGCCCCUCCAGUGGGCCUCCAUUGUGGGCAACAACCAGAUCCUCAAGUCGAGCAACCGCCCGCUGCCGCUCGUCGAUCCCUCGGAGAUCACGCCCACGGAGAUCCUCGACCUCAAGACAAUAGUCCGUCCGCAUCACAACAACAACAAGGCGGACACCACCUCGCUGAACAGCAGCAGCACCACCAACAUGAUGAUGGCGUCGCACCCCAUGGGGCUCGGGGGCUCCCAUACCAUGCCACCGAACGCCGCGGCCGCCGCUGCCGGAAUGAUGCACCACAUGAUGCCCAGCGAGGCAACGACCGGCGGUGGUGGUAUUAUCCUGCCAAAAACCUCGCACGUGGCCAGGUCAAACUCCCUGCGCAGCUCAAGUCCUCCACGCGUUCGUCGCGUUGCCAAUGUGCCGCCUUCGGUGCCGGAGGAGGAGGGCCCUACGGGUCCAACACAAGGCGGUUUCAAGCCACCACCAUCCGCAAUGGGCGGCCAUCCCUUGCUCUAUCCCAGUCAGCAUUCCCAUGCCAAUGGAGCAGCGGCCACCGGACCGCUGGCCGUGCGCACGGACCAGCAUCAGUAUCGCAGCAACCUGGCACCGCCACCCGGCUCCAUACCGCAACAGACAUCGCCCGUGGGCUCUGUGGCCAGUGGCACACGUUCCACGCACUCGCACACCAACAAUGGCAAUGGCAGCGGCGGCGCUGGCGGUGGCGGUGGAUUCCCCAUGUAUCCCAGCUCCCACCAGGCCAAGGUGAUCGGUGAUCAGAACCAGAAUCCCCUGCAUCCGCAUGCACAUCCGCAUCCACACAACCACCUCGCCAAGUCGGCUUCGCGGGCGUCUAGUUCAAGCGGCGGAGCGAGCAGUGCCACCUUGGCAGCAGCAGCGGCUGUCCAGCAGGCACAGCCAAAGCAGGAACAGCGUCUCACCCACGAGCAGUUCCGUGCUGCCCUCCAAAUGGUAGUAUCAGCGGGAGAUCCGCGUGAGAAUCUCGACCACUUCAACAAGAUUGGCGAGGGCUCCACGGGCACUGUUUGCAUAGCCACCGACAAGAGUACAGGUCGCCAGGUGGCCGUGAAGAAGAUGGACCUGCGCAAACAGCAGCGACGCGAGCUGCUCUUCAACGAGGUGGUCAUCAUGCGCGACUACCAUCAUCCCAAUAUUGUGGAGACAUACUCCAGCUUUCUGGUCAACGACGAGCUCUGGGUGGUGAUGGAGUACCUCGAGGGCGGCGCCCUCACCGACAUUGUCACCCAUUCGCGCAUGGAUGAGGAGCAGAUAGCCACCGUAUGCAAGCAGUGCUUGAAGGCUUUGGCCUAUUUGCACUCACAGGGCGUCAUCCAUCGCGACAUCAAGUCGGACUCUAUUCUGCUGGCCGCCGAUGGACGAGUGAAACUAUCGGACUUCGGCUUCUGCGCCCAGGUAUCCCAGGAGCUGCCCAAACGCAAGAGUUUGGUGGGCACACCGUACUGGAUGUCGCCGGAGGUCAUAUCACGUUUACCGUAUGGCCCGGAGGUGGAUAUAUGGUCGCUGGGCAUCAUGGUCAUCGAAAUGGUGGACGGCGAGCCGCCCUUCUUUAACGAGCCGCCGCUCCAAGCGAUGCGACGCAUUCGUGAUAUGCAGCCACCGAAUCUGAAGAAUGCCCACAAGGUGUCGCCGCGUCUGCAGUCCUUCCUCGAUCGGAUGCUGGUCCGGGAUCCGGCGCAGCGUGCCACAGCCGCAGAGUUGCUGGCCCAUCCCUUCCUGCGUCAGGCGGGGCCGCCGUCGCUGCUGGUGCCGCUGAUGCGUAAUACGCGACACCAUCCGUAGUUGAUGCGCCUGGGACUUGGACUCGGACUAGGACUCUUCUAGUAUUAACAAUCAGUUGAUGGCAACUGUACUUAAAUCCACAUUCCCCCCCGCUCAAAACGUUGUAAAGUCAUUUAAGCCAGCAUAUACCUUGCUUUUUAGCCCACAUACUCUUCAGCACCACGACACCACUUGAUCACUUGACCACUUGACCACUGGGCCACUGCACCAUCGAGCAGCCGAGCACCAGAGCAGCUGAGUAACCGAUCACCGGAUCACGGGACCCGGACACGAGUUUGCCCUUGGAGAACGCCAUGUGCCUUUCACACACAGACCCUAAAGGAACUAAAAACUACAAAAAUCCGUAAAGAUAUCAGAAAAUAUAUAUCCUUAGAAGAAACUCGGGAUCGGUUUGGAAGUCUGAAUUACGUUUUUAAACAUAUAUAUAAUUAUAGCUCCUACAUGUUGCUCUCUUUCCCUGUUCUUGUGUGUGCGCGUGUUUGAUUUUUUUUUAAUUUUACAAAAUGCCCAUAAAACAUUGUUCGAAUA